CAUCUCAGCAAGGGAUCACCAACCUUAUGCGACAGGUGGACGGUUCACCAAUCAUCUGAGUCACCAUCACCAACGAUAUGAAUCAUUCCAGGUCUCAUCUUCAUACUCCAUAGUUGGUUACCUGUCUGUUGCCUAGGAGGAGAAUGUUAUCCAUUGUUUCCAAGUAUGUUCUCGACGGAGCAACAAAAGAAUAAUGCAGACAAGACAAUGGGUUAGUUGGUUAGUCACAGCCACUCUCCACCCUCCACUUCUCUCCACUAUGCAUUCAUCAUUGUACGUAUGCAAUUGUCAUAGUUCCUGCAGUCCAGGGAAUGCAAUGCAGAUGGACGGGAAGAGGAUGGGUAGAGACGGAGAGGUGGGAGAGUGGGUAGGUAGAGAGUGGAAGGGAAGUCGUACAACUCACAUGCUGCAAUGUAUGUAUGUAUGUAUGUAUGUAUGUACUUUAUCUCCACUCUCUUCCGUGGCGGGCAGCAUCUGCAGCUGGAAUACAGCAAGACAGACAGACAGGCUGGGAAUUGAAGUUGUGUACUCCGUAUCGUCAUCGGCAUCACAUCAUCAUCCCACCUCUUCAGCUUUUGUCGGUGCACAGAUCGUCAGGAUUUCAUGCACGGUACUCUUGGUGAUGGGUCUGUCCCACUAUUCAGCUCUCGUAUUCAAAGCACUGAUGUGUCUGUUUACUAUCUAUGUAAAUAAAAGUAUGUGAUGAACAACUAAAUGGCAGGUAAGCGUCAGCCGGAGUAUAUCACUCCUGAAUUCUAAAUGCUAUACUCCGUAGAUAGUAGUACUAGUCGUCACUGACUGGUCAGGGUUCCGAGAGCCCUGAUCUAGACUUCGUACCUUUCAACGCAAAG